AUGUCCAGGCAGGCCGCGGUGUCCUUGGUGCGUCGCCCCCCGCCCUCAGCGCUGCUCUGCGCGGACGGCGCCUGCGGGCGCUGGGCCCCAGAGGCGGGCGGCGCCCCCGCGGCGCUGAUCGCGCGUUGGCACCAUACCGCGGUCGCCUUUCGAGUCCAGGACUCCUCGCAGCUGCUCGCUGGGUACCCCCAGGGCCUGGCGCGUCUCUGCGGCGACUCCUCCCAGACCCUUCGGGCUCGGUGCGGGAGCGUCCUGGCGGCGGCGUUCUCCGCAUGCGGAGCCUACUGCAUCACCGGCAGCGAGAAUUGCACCGGUCGGGUGUGGAGCGUAGCGACCGGAUCCUGUGUCAAGACGCUUUGUCGGCACAGCGGGGCUGUACUCGCGGUUGGUCUCUCCAGCAACGUGGACUAUGCAGUAACGGGAGGCUCUGAUGAGCUGGCAAAGCUAUGGGAUGUGAAAACAGGGAAGUGUGUGCUCUGGGCGCUCGAUACGGGCUCCUGCUCUCAAACCAUCGAGGGCUCGGAUGCCGUGCGCUCCGUCGCGAUCUCGCGGGACGGGGACCAGUUGUUGUCCGGCGAUGUGGCCUGCUCCAAGAUCGUGCAAUCCAAGGCCGCAGGUGCCAGAGCUGUCACCGGGGUACGUGGCAUUCCAAACGGAGCCAUGCCUGCUGCAACCACGGCAAUGUCUGAGUACUACCGGCAUGAUGGUGUUCGCAUCACGCACGACCCUUAUGCCCCGGGCAUGGCGGAGAAGUAUGGCCUGCCUGGGAAGACGGACAACGAGGGGUUUGACCCCUACGCGGACACCGUGGGUCCAGGCAUCUACGGCGGCAUCGUGAAGCGCGAUACCUCUGGGCAGGUUUUGAUCGGCAGGCAGUAUCAGAACCACAACCCACGACCCGGACCCAUCUAUGCCGGCGGGGGCUACACUCCCAUCAACGAGGCGCUGCGGAAGGGCACGGCGGCCCUGAAGCCGCUGCUGGACAAGUACCCAGACCUGGCGAAUGACAUCUCAACUGGCGGUGCCACGCCGUUGCACAUGUGCGGCAUGGGUCGGGACAACCAGCAUGCCACGGAGUACCUGAUUAAGACCUCCCGGCAUUCCUGUUCUUCAGCCCAAAGAGGAUGGCUGCAGUUUGCUUUUUCCCGAAUUCGCCAGGUGGAGGCCCUGGACACCUACGGCAUGACGCCGCUGCACCGCAUGGCUUCCAACAACCUGCCAGUUGGCGCCCGCACGCUGCUGGAGGCCAAGGCAGACCCUUCCAACCGGGGCCAGGCGCGGCUGCCCAACGUGUUGCGUCGGAUGCUGUGCUUUGGUCGCCCUUUGAAAUUUGCCUUUACGUUCCCAUGUUCUGCUGAAAGUGCAGGGUGGUGA